GUGUACUUCACAGGAGAUAACGCGUUCUCUGUUAGGGCCCACCUAUCGGGGCAGUGUGGGACUAGGCCUACUUAUUUGGUUGUUUUACUCGGGGCAAUAGAAGCACGUGCAGGUAGAGCUUUUUGGAACAUCCGUCAAGUUGAAUGGCACUUUGAGGGAGGAACAGCGGCGGAAUUUGGGACUGGUUACCUCGUACCAAGCGCAGAGGAGCGCUGCUUUACGCACACGAGUGUUUUAGCAUGUCAACGGCAACUGUACCCGUGGCCAAUGUGCCCAGCAGUGAGAUGGAGGGCAGAAACGCGAGCUAUCACGGCAGCAUCUCAGAUUUUGUCCAGACUCAGUGCAGCCCGAUGCCCAAGCCGACCCUGGGUUUCCAGAGGAUCAUCUAUGGAAAUGGCACCAACGUGGGCACUGUGAUUGCCCUGCGCUGCCCGGACAAACACAAGCUGAUUGGGGACAGUGUCAAGUGUGUUUUAGAUGCCAACAGCACACACUGGGAGGGAGAGACCUACUGCAAGCCCCUUUCCUUCAAUGAGAUCAGUGGUUUCCAAUUGGCUAUACUCGUUUCGAUCGUGAGUUCUGCCGUCAUCUUCUUCAUGUCCAUGGCUUUUCUCACCUGCUGUUUGGUCGACUGCAUCGAAAAAAGGAAAAGGAAAGAGAUGGAGAGGUACCCUGAAAUGCCACCGCAGUGGGGAGAACAGAACUAUCAACAGGAGAUGAAUAGACCUCCAUACAGUAACAAGGGCAGGAACAAUAAUAACAAUAAUCAUAUGGAAAAAGAAUUAACCCAGUGGAACCACCAUGAUCCUGGACAGAGUGACGACCGCAACAUAUGCAGGUGUCAACAGCAGUACAACUACGAUCUAAUUGGUCCUUCCUCUUCAUAUAACGCUGCUGCCAGAUUUCCUCUUCUUCCUGGAUAUGAAUAUGACCAAGCACUUUUACCACUCAAUCCCAACUCUUCAAAUGUCUAUAACCAGCAUACUGAGGCUUCACGGCAGACUUUGAGUUCAGACCAGGUCCAAGUUGAUUUCACAAGGUCUGAUCCUGGGUGGCAGUAUGGAGCACACCAUCAGGGUAGUUUUCCAGGAACUACCAAUCAGACAGGGAUUAAAAACUCAGCUAAAGAAUUUUCGAUACGAGUGAUAUCUGUCUGAUCCAUGAGGACACCAAGCAUAUUCAAAAUGACUGACUAUGCAAGACUGUUUUGACAUUGGGAAUCAUAUCCUGAAUAUAGUACAAAUACUGUAAAUAACCUCUCUGUGCCUUGAAACGUUGAAGCACACUGCCCUCUGUUGGUGAAGAUGUAGACUUACAGUAGGGUAAAGUUUCUAUUUGGUUGUAGCCUACAGAAACUUUGAAUGAAAAUAUGUUCAUUAAUUGUAUAUUUCUUACACAAGGCUGUAUGUAAAU